CCAGCUUCACUACAUAAAGGCUCAGUGGUUUUACCUAAGACUUUGCUUUGAAAACCGUCCAGUGGAGUUGUAAUCUGGAAUAUACUUUUCUUAUAGAUAUUCACGUUGCAGAAAUGAUAGACCGAAAUAUGAAAAAUGUUCUGGUGGUAUCCAUUGGAUUUUUAUCUCUGUUCACAGCGUAUGGAGGACUUCAGAGUUUACAGAGCAGUCUGAAUGCCGAGGAUGGGAUGGGGGUGACAUCUCUCAGUGUUAUCUAUGCCUCCAUCAUCCUGUCAUCUAUGUUCCUAACACCCACUCUCAUCAAAAACCUGGGCUGCAAAUGGACUAUUGUUGUCGGCAUGGGCUGCUAUGUGACCUAUUCAAUUGGGAACCUCUAUCCAGGAUGGUACACUCUGAUCCCCACCUCUGUGAUCCUGGGUAUGGGAGGUUCUCCACUAUGGUCAGCCAAGUGUACCCUUCUCACCAUCUGUGGCAACCUGCAGGCCCCUAAAGAAAACAAGGCAGCAGCGGAUGUUAUCAAUAAGUACUUUGGCAUAUUUUUCUUGAUAUUCCAGUCUUCGGCUGUAUGGGGAAACCUCAUGUCGUCAUUGAUAUUUGGUUCAGAUACAGAUAUACCUGACAUCUCUGAGGAAGAUCUACAAUAUUGUGGUGCAGGUGUCUGCAUUGAUAUCAAUGUAAACUCCACGACCAAAAGACCAGCACAAGAAUUAGUCUGGACACUAGUCGGCUGCUAUAUUGGGGUGGGUGUGCUGGCCAUGACCAUAGUGGCAGUAUUUCUGGAUAACAUAGACAGAGAUCAGGCCCAGGAGUUCCGAGGGAACAGAGAACCAUUCUGGAGCACCUUCCUGGCCACGUUUACACUCCUGAAAGACAAGAGACUCAUCAUUCUCAUCCCUUUGUCCAUGUACAGUGGCUUUGAGCAGAGUUUCCUCUCCGGUGAAUACACAAAGAACUAUGUGACCUGUUCAUUAGGAAUCCAUUACGUUGGAUAUGCGAUGAUAUGUUUUGGAGCCACAAAUUCGUUAUGUUCCUUUAUGUUUGGGAGGUUGGCAGAAUACACUGGAAGAGCCCCACUGUUUUGCUUGGCUGCGGCGAACAACUUUGCCUGUAUCAUGGCCCUGUUGUUCUGGAGGCCUCACCCAGACCAGCUGCCGGUGUUCUUUGUGUUUCCUGCUCUCUGGGGCAUGGCAGAUGCGGUAUGGCAGGCACAAACCAACUCGCUGUAUGGGGUUCUCUUCCCCAGACAAAAAGAGGCAGCAUUUGCUAACUGCUGUAUGUGGGAGUCCCUGGGGUUCGUGAUAGCUUUUGCCUACAGUACCUUCAUCUGUCUAGACACCAAGAUCUACAUCCUCCUUGGAGUUCUGAUCCUCUCCAUGGUUACCUGUUUGUGGGCAGAGUACCAAGAACACAACAAUCCUACACUUCCGGUGGAGGAGGGAGUAUAUGACAAAGACUAUAAAAAGGACACAGACCAAUACACAGACUACUCAAAAAACAUACAUCACAUCAUUGCUCAGACCAGCUUGUAGACAAUAUGUGGAUUUGAUAUGUAGACUUAUGCAACAGGUGAGUCUAAUCCUGAACGCUGAUUGGUUAAAACCGCAUUCCAGCCGGUGUCUAUUCCACAAGUUACCACCAGCUAAAUCUAUGACGUUAAAAUACCUUUUUACUCUGUUUCAUCUGACUGUGCAAUCCACUGUCUCAUCAGCCCAGUCAGGCAAUUUAAACUUCAUCUCCACUAUGAAAAGCAUCUAGACAUUAUCUCACAUUUUUUAGACUAACAUUUAGUUUUCAACAGAGGAGAUUUGAAUAAACCUUGCUGACUGUA